UAACCUAUUUCAUUCAGUUGCUCAAUAAGAAGGUCGUUCAUUAUAUAGUAAGUUGUUCAUUAAACAUCAAGACAAGUACAAAUAGACCACCAUGAAAAGUUCCUUCACCGUCUUGGCUGUGCUUAUCACCUUAUUCAAAGCAGGUAAAUGCUCAAACUUAUUUAGAUACUUAAGUCAUUAACUUCAGAUGAAGUUUUACAAAUACUAACGGUAAUCCCAGUUAUAACUUCCUUUAUGGGUAUUUCUAAGUUGAGUUCGUUUUAAUUGAUAGUUUGUUUGUUUUCCUCUUCUCCAAGUACGCAAUAUUUUAAUGAUAUUAAAACAAAUCAUUUUUUCUUUGAGUAUUGAUUUCAUUCAACAUCAUCAGGCAGACGCCACAAAUAUUGUGCGCAGAAGCUUAUUAUCUAGGUACUUAAGUCUUAACUUCAGAAGUUUUACAAAUAUUGAUGGUAAUCCGGUUAUAACUUCCUUCUUGAGUAUUUCUAAGUUAAGGUCGUUUUAAUCGUUUGUUUGUAUUAUUCUUCUCCAAGUACAGCAAUAUUUUAAUGAUAUCGAAACAAAUCAUUUUUUCUUGAAGGAUAAUUUCAUUUAACAUCAUCAGGCAGACGCCACGUGAAAGCUCUCGUAACGAACUCUCUACUAAACUCCGUUUCAACUCUCACAAUACAAGCACUGUAGUUUUCCAUUCGGAGUAAGCGGACAAUUCCCAUAGGCGACCGCAGACAAUUUCAGGGUUUACGAGUUAGACUUUUCCUUUGUUUUUAGGCUCUCGUAAGGAAACCUAAAAUGAAAUGUCAUUCGCCUCUGAAUCGUUAUUUUAAUAUAUUAACUUCAUAUCGCUGUUCGUCACAAGGAAUUCAUCAGUUUCAGUGUUUUUUCACAUUCACGCGUCCGGUUGACAGUGACUUCAAAACACCACUGUUGAAUUUUAUGAUUCUGACUGAAUUGCAACAUUGUCGGAACAUCAAUAUAGCCAAACACCAACAAACACAGCUGCAAACAGCUUUUUUUGCAUUUCCAGUGUUUAUUUGUUGUUGUGUAAGUUCCCGUAAGCGGCCAUUUAACCCCUAUAUCCCUAGUGAACACUCGAGAACCAUUCUUGUGAGUGGCAAGCUCCAGUAAUGGACCCCUUUCUUGGGUCCCGAGGGAGGCCGCAUACGAGAGCUUCCACUAUAUGUUAUUUAAUUGAUGCGAUCACUCCUUUCAGGCAAUUCCCUACAGUGUUACAGCUGUCAAACUCAAGAUGGUCAGCUGUAUACCUCUGAGCAGUGCAUCCAUAACCAAGUAAUACAAAACUGCACUGAUGGAAAUUUCACCUGCGCGAAUUAUCGUCGCACCAAAACUACUGAAAAUAACGAAACAAUUGAGCUACACGAAAAGGGCUGCCUCUUGAAAGAAAAUUGCACUACUCUUCAAGCGCGGUGCGAGGAAACAACGAAAAAUGGC